AUGCUCUGUCAGAUUCACCUGGUGGAGAGGGAGAGGGAAUCGACGGAGGGAUGCUAUUCACAACGACAGCAACAAAUCAUCCUGCCAACUGUACCGAGUCGCUUCACUCCGAUCGACAGCAGCGACCGACUACGGCGACGGCGUGACGGUCGCGAUGGCCUCGCUCCCGGCGCUAGUCUGCCGACAACUUCCCCAAAACUAUUUCUGACUAUGGAUAAUUCGUCAUCGUCCUCUUCAAAGCUAACGACUGUUUGGACGACAAUCGUAGAAGGCGAAGUCUCCGGUGAUGCCGUUGCCGGGGCCGCGUUACCGUCGUGUACCAGCGUGGUAUCCAUGAUGGCUGGCACCGGCGGUGCGCAGACAACCACUGACGUUUAA